ACAAACAUCGCGAUAAAAGAACACCAAGAAAGAGGCAACAUGGAUCUGGACAAGUGGAUAGAGAACGUGAGGGAGUGCAAGUACCUGCCGGAGAACGAGCUGAAGAAGCUCUGCGAGAUGGUGUGCGACAUCCUGCUGGAGGAGACUAACAUCCUGCCCGUGAGCACGCCCGUCACCGUCUGCGGGGACAUCCAUGGCCAGUUCUACGACCUGGAGCAGCUGUUCCGCACGGGCGGCCAGGUGCCCGACACCAACUACAUAUUCAUGGGCGACUUCGUCGACCGGGGCUACUACUCGCUGGAGACCUUCACCCGACUGCUGACCCUGAAGGCCCGCUACCCCAGUCGGAUCACCCUGCUGCGCGGCAACCACGAGACGCGGCAGAUCACCAAGGUCUACGGGUUCUUCGACGAGUGCUUUAGCAAGUACGGCAAUGCCAAUGGGUGGAAGUACUGCUGCAAGGUCUUCGAUCUGCUCACCAUUGCCGCUAUCAUCGACGAGGAGGUGCUGUGCGUGCACGGCGGCCUGAGUCCCGAAAUCAUCACCCUGGACCAGAUCCGGACGAUCGAACGGAACGGCGAGAUACCGUACAAGGGCGCAUUCUGUGACCUGGUGUGGUCCGACCCCGAGGACAUGGAGUACUGGGGCCAGAGUCCACGUGGCGCGGGCUGGCUGUUCGGGCACAACGUGACCAAGGACUUCAUGGCGAUCAACAACCUGGACCUCAUCUGCCGGGCGCACCAGCUGGUCAACGAGGGCAUCAAGUACAUGUUCGAGGGCAAGCUGGUGACCGUGUGGUCGGCACCGAACUACUGCUACCGCUGCGGGAACGUGGCGGCGAUCCUCAGCUUCGAGACGGCCCAGCAGAGGCAGACGAAGAUCUUCCUGGCGGUGCCCGACGCGGAGCGCGUGAUACCCAAGCAGAACACCACGCCCUACUUCCUCUAAAACGAUCAGUGCCCCCGGCCAGCGUGUGAUACGAUAUACCAUACUAUAUAUAUAUGCAUAUACACCAUAUACCGAUCCAAUACGAUCCGCCCACUGAUUCGGCAUCGUGGCAAACAAUCAACUACGCUUGUGGACCAGCGGUGAGCCUUCGACUUCGACUUCGACUGACUGAUCCAUUUGUCCACCCUCAAAACGCCUUCUACACACACACACACACACUUAACACUCAAGAAACUCGGAACACCUCCAGAAAACUCGGAACACACACCUGCAAUUUGCGGCCCAUUUGCAUGGCCAACCACAUAUCUAUUUAGUAAGAUCAAAGUUGAACCUUUUGUUAUUUGUUUUCGGCAAGUCAAAGUGCAAGACCAAAAAGAAAGUAUAGAUUCGAUUUGUUUAGGAAGUAUAUCCAAGUAUUGUAUUUACUGGUAAUGGAUGCCGCAGCAGCUGCCGCAUUUAAGCAAUUCACCAUAUUUUGUAUUCCAAACUUAUUUAUUUCUGUGAACAACACACGAACUAUAUAUUUUGUACAUUUUGUAUUAGUAAUGCUUUGAAGAAAUCAAGUGGCACAACAAGAACUAAGAGUAACCAAAUGUGUGAUCCCGAUCAAAACGAUACGAUUAAAACAAAAGACAAUUUGAAA